AUGCCUGUGAAUCGUUUGGAGACUCUGUUGCACUGUUGUAUCAAAUCAAAGGUCUUGAAACCAGCCAAGCAAAUUCAUUCCCAGUUAUUAGCUACUGGAAUUGAAAUGGAAUAUGGGUAUUUGAGUUCGAAGCUGGUAGGAGUUUAUGCUGGUUGCGGGGAUGUCAGUUCUGCGGCGAAAGUGUUUGAGUCGAUAAAGAAACCAAGUGUUUUUGCGUGGAAUUGGAUGAUUUCAGCUUCAACUUUUCAAGGAGACUGUGAAAAUGCCUUAAAGUACUUCUGUCAGAUGCAAAAAGCUCAAGGUUUUUCAAAUAAGUAUACAUUUUCUUGUGUUCUAAAAGCUUGUGUAGGUUUAAUGGAUAUAAGGAAAGGAAGGGAACUUCAUUGCAUGGUAAUUAAAACUGGGUUUGGUUACGAGGUGUCAGUGAUGAAUUCACUGAUAGAUAUGUACAGUAAAUGCGGGAAACUAGAAUUUGCUCGCAAGUUGUUUGACGAAAUGAGGGACAAAAAUGUUGCUACUUGGACGUUGAUGAUUUGUGGGUAUUCUCAUAAAAGAGAACUUGAAAAAUCUUUAGAACUUUUCGAGCAAAUGAAGCUGCGAGGAUUUGAGCCAAAUGAGUUCACCUGGAAUGCAGUGAUAACAGGUUUUUCCCAAAAUGAGUACUGUGAUAAAGCAUUUGAACGCUUCUGUAAAAUGAAAGCCGGAGGAAUAGCCCCAGACUUGGUUACUUGGAAUGCGAUGAUUUCAGGUUUUACCCGUAACCAUCAAAGUGAAGUAGCUUUGAUGUUAUUCAGAGACAUGCUGAUUUUAGGACCUCAUCCAAAUUCAGUCACCAUUGCUGGGCUUCUACCUGCAUGCGGCUUUAUAGGCUCGCUACAUGCAGGAAAAGCAAUACAUGGCUUGAUCCUCAGAAGGAAACUUGGUAUGAAUAUCUUUAUGGUUACAGCUCUUAUCAACAUGUAUUCUAAGUGUGGAAGUGUGAAUUAUGCCUUGAACGUGUUUGAUCGGACACCAAAGAGUGAUGUCGCAGCCUGGAAUGCCAUGAUUGGGUGUUACGGAAAGCAUGGAAUGGUUCCAGCUGCAAUCAAAUUGUUUGAGAGAAUGCAGGAAGAAAAUGUGCAGCCAAACCAAGUCACGUUUACUAGUGUUCUUUCUGCUUGCAGCCAUGGCGGCCGUUCAGGGAGACUAACAGAAGCAUAUCAACUGGUGAAGGGAAUGGGUGAAGAGAUAAAUGAGUCUAUUAUCGGAGCUUUCCUAAACGGAUGCAGAAUCUAUGGAAGAAGUGAUUUAGCUAUGGGAAUGGCAGAAGAAAUUCUUGGGAUGGAUUUGAAAAAACCAGGAGGCUUUGUGAACUUUGUCUAA